AUGAUCCAACAAGAAUGCGUGAACGAUACAAGGGAAACAUAUGCUCGACGCUUUCGAAUGAUCCUCGUCGUUUGGCAUAGUGCCAACGUCUCGUUAACACUAUUGCUAUUCAUCUUUAUAUGUGAUACAUCGUCAUGUUUGAAGACUGAUCGAAGCGAAUCGUUCUUUAAUGGUCCAAAUAUUAGUCGGCGCAGUCGAAGGAUCGGAUUAAAUGAAUAUUUAGUUCCACCUCCGAUAUCAAAAUCUCAUUCUCUGAGAACAGGAAGAGUGACAAAUUCUUUGCCGACGGAAUCACCAGGAUAUCUCUCACAAUUGAUGAACUGGUUAAAUCCCUUUAAUUACGGUUCUUCCACUUCUGCACCACUAAAAGCACCAUCACACAUUGAAGUAUCUUAUCCUCCACCCCCUCAAUCUUAUGCCCCAUCGACAUUUAAUUUGCAUUCUGCUCUGCAACUUGGUCCACCUCCACCUCCACCACCUUAUCCUCCAUUUGAACCUCAAACUGGUUCGCUUCUUCAUCCUUCAAUUGGAUCUCAAACUGGUCCAUCUCUACAUUUCCCUAUUACUUCAUCCGCUCCUGCUCAAUAUCCUGGUCUCUUGCACACAGCUUCUUCCGUCUCCCAUCUUGGUCCACCACGUAGCCCUCCCCCUGGUCCAAGUUUACAAUUUUACAAUGUCCCUUUAGACAAUUUUCUCGAUGUGCAACGUGCUCAGAAAAACCAUCGUGCAAUUCAUGUAUCAACGAACAAAGGGAAACAAUGCAAUCCUUGUAAUAAAGUUCCUUGGAUUCCAAUGCAAAGUGGAGGCCAUUCUGACAAUUAUCCUCCUCUUCCUUCUCCCCCUGCCCAACUUUCGAACAGUUAUCUCCCUCUUAGCAAUCAAGCAAAUCACGACGUCCAAUUCGCUGCUUCGCAUGAGAUCAGAAUACCAGAAAUUUCUCAGACACCCGUUGAUCAAAAUCCAUUCAACGAUCCAUUACCAAAUCCACAAUUAUAUUCUGCAUCAGUGUCUCCACUGUACGAAAUAAAACCUUUCGAUAGACCGUCUCAAAAUCCAUCAGAGAUAGAAAAUUUCGAAUCACCGCCUGUUUCUGUAAUACCGUUGAGUGGCCAAGAAUACAAAAACCCCGAAAUUAACGACGAACGCUAUAAUAUUCAUAACAACAAUGAUGUAAGAUCCAUUGGAACGGAAGUUAAUGAAGGAAUACUUCAAAACCAAAAUGAAAUAAACAAAGGGCUUACAGAUCAUAAAGAAUCAUACGACAGUUCUAUUCUCAAUACUCAAUCUUCUAUAUCAGGACCAUUUUUUGAUCAAGGAUAUAGCAAUAAUCCUUCGAUCUUGAACCAAGAAAAUGGCGGAGUUAUAAAUCAGCCUGUAUCACACGUUCAGAAUACUGUUAAUAGUUUUGGUUCGAAUCUUAAAAAUCACGAAUUCCCCAAUCAAAAUGAUUAUCAAGAAUCGUUUAAAUCGAACCCAAUCCCGAAUAUCGAUUUGAAUUAUUUACCGCCAGAUUUAAAUCCAUCGGCAAGCUUCGGUACUUCAACUUUUCACCAAAGUGUGGAAAAUUUGAAUUAUUCUGAUUUAUCUCCUAGCGGAAGUGUCGUGAAAAAUUCUCAUGUAACGACUCAGACACCUGAAACGAGUUUUGCCUCGAAAGAGGAAUCGAUACAUUAUGAAGAAUCGCCACUGUUGGAUCUGACGAAAAAUGGCGAAAGUCGAACAGAUGCACAAUGGCCGACUUCCACUAAUGGAUACAACGAUAUCGAUGAUGCUUCCGAUAAUACGAUGAAGACAACUACGGAUUAUAGUUUAGAAACCAACAAUAUAUACUUCGAGGAUUCAUCGAGCUUUGUCAAACCGACUGAUUCUUAUACUUCGUCGGAUAUUCAAAGUGUUAACAAUAUUUUUGGAACUUCGACAACCACUAAUGAGGUUUUUUUAAAUCAUAAUAAUAAUAAAAAUCAGGAUGUCGAAAUGUCAACAAUUACUACACAAUAUACGAAUCAACAAGAUGUUUCAUAUAUUCCGCCAUCCGAACAACCGGGAUAUUUGUGGCCAAAUUUGUCCAUGAAUACGUCGAACGAUUCUUCGAGAAAUCAAGCGUUUUUGAAUCAUCUUGCUAAAUCAAACAAUUCUGUUCUAGAAACUAAGAAUUUUUGGAAGCAAGAUAGUUUAGAUUUAAGAAAUGUCAAAGAUACGUUUCAGAAGCAACAAAAUAUGAAGCGAAAUAAACAAGUACAAGUCAUCAUACCGUAUACGUCAGAAUAUACGCCAAUUCCGUUUCAACAAUCUUACGGAGAUUGGAGUGUUAAAACUAAUUUCAAUCGAACACAGUCAAGAAAGAUUCCUCCUCGAAGUGAAUUGAACGAUGAUAAUUACCUGCAACAAGAAUAUAGAAAUGAAAUUCGGGUUGUUAAUCAAUUUCAAUCGCAAUUCAAUUUCAACAAUUCGAACAAAUUGAACGUCCAAUCACUAAGACCCGAGAAUUCACGAAGCACUACAGCAAAAGCAAACAAUUCCAUUGACGUACGCAGAUUACAGAAAAAUAUCGAUAACUGGACGAUACAAGAAUAUUCAAAACCUACAACAUUUAGCACGAUUUUACCUAGUUCCUUGCACCCUUAUCUUUCACCGUCAAAGAAAAUUCCAACUGAAUACUUGACAACGACGGAACCAGGCGACCACGGGAACCAGUUGAAAGAUCACAAUGAAAGUGUGAAAACGUAUUCUUUGGCUGGCUUUAGUUUCAAUGAAGUAGAACACGAAGGAUCCGCAAGUAAUCAUAUUGAAGAAAUGCAGCCGUCCGUGAAAAUUGCACACAUAAAUAAUCUAAAAAGCAGUAGCGUGCAUAGCGUAAAUAAAUCCGCAAUAGAAGAAAAAUCGACAUGGGAAUCGCAUUCUGUGUCGAUAUCGCCUGUAAAUAAAGAACGAGUUUACGUGGUAACGCCAUUACCAACACCGGAAGUACCUUCGAAAAACGGUUUAACAAAACAACAAAAGAAAGAGGAACAAAAAAAUUUGCAACGAUCAAGUGAACCGAUUGUCAAUGAUACAAGCAACAAUAAAAAUAAUUUAAACGAAUUCGAGGCUAUCGAAAAAGCUUAUCAAGUACUUCCACAAGCUGUAAAUAAUCUUGCUGUAGCAUCCACGGGAAAGGAGAACAUCCCUUUGUGGGGAAUCAUGGAACACGAAGAAUUUGCUUCGUUGAAUCCGGACGAAAAUGAUGAGGAAACUGACGAUAUUGCGGAUGGACCAGUACUUUAUUCUGGACAUUCAAAGGUAUCACGAGCUAAACGAUGACGCAAAUAUUAUGAAAAAAAAUAUGAAGGCUGAAGGACACAAUUUUUAAUUGUAAAUAUUUGACUGUAUCACCCUUUCAAUUUUAAGAACUUUUUUAUUAUUUGAUCUUCGUGUAUCAAAAUAUAAAUGAGACAAGUGUGUUUCCAAUAGACGAUUUCAAUCUUAUUACGGCCAGCGAAUACUAAUAGCACUAAGUCAAUAUAAGUCAAUAGGUUAGUUAUUUGUAAAAUAAAUAAAUAUAUAAUCAGUCACAGAAAUAUUCGUAUAUUUAUAUUACAAGAAAAUCAUAUUAUUUGAAAAUUUUAAUUUUAAAGUUUAAUUUUAUUGAAGUUUAUGU